AUGGGAUCAAGAAACGUUCUCUUAGCCGGCGCCUUGUUAACCAUUAUCUCCUGGAUUUUGCUGGCAUUGGCCAAGUCAGUUACGACCUUGAUAAUUGGGCGCAUUGUAGCAGGAAUAGGCGAUGGAGUUUCUUUGCCGUGCAUAAGUAUCUAUAUUUGCGAGAUUGCGAGUAAAGACAUCAGGGGGAGGCUAGGGGCAAUUCCCCCGCUGAUCGCUGUAUUUGGAAACGUAUUCGUUCUGGGCGCAGGACCUUUUUUAGAGUACAGAACGCUUAUAGUGAGCUGUGCGGUUUUUCCUGUAACUUUUACCAUAUUAUUUUGGUUCAUGCCAAAUUCGCCAUAUUUUUUGAUGAAAAACAACAAAAGAAAAGAUGCCGAAUUGAAUUUGAUGAGGCUAUUAGGCGCACGGGACCCAGCAGAGGUGCAAAAUGAGUUAAGAGAAAUAAAUGAAGCUAUAGAGCAUGAAACGGGUAGCCUCACACUGGUUCAAAUAAUGUGUUCGCCAAAUUUCCGAAAGUCCUUAUUGAUAGCGUUUGGUAAAGUCCAUUACAUAACAUUACAAGAAAUUUAUCGUAUAAUUUUAGUCGCUCAAAACAUCAGCAGCUUCUGUGGAAUGCACGUUAUAGUAUCGUAUCUUCAAAUAAUCUUAGCAUCCAGUGGUAUCAGCAUGUCGAAGGAAUUAACAAGCGUUGUUUUCGGUCUGGUUCAAAUUCCUGCAGUUAUACUGUACGGCGUAUUUAUGGACAAAUUUGGAAGGAAGCCUACGUUUUUCGCCUCUGCGCUAGGAGCUAGCAUCGCCUUAAUUUCUGAGGGUGUUUACAUCUACCUUGCAGAAACUGUCGAUUUAACCAAUGUGACAUUUGUUCCUGUACUGUGCAUAAUUUCAUACCAAUUCUUUAUUAGCCUCGGAAUGGUAUGUUUGCCACACUUCAUUGUCGGCGAAUUAUUUACUAUAGAAACAAAGAAAGUAGCUAGCUCUAUUUUGAUGCUGUACUCCUCCAUUAUAAUUUUUACGAAUGUAAAGGUAAUCGGAGGAAAGGUUGACUCGUGGAGUUUACACAUCAUCUUCUGGGUUUAUGGAGGUGUAUGCCUUCUAGGAGUAUUUUUUGCAUUGUUCAUGUUACCGGAAACAAAAGGCAAAUCGUUCACUGAAAUUCAAAGUGGCAUAUCGUCGCAUAAUAGAAGUUCUCCACGAAUGUAG